UCUCCACACACUCUGGGAUGGAGGAGCGCCAUAUUGCGUCUGCCUGAACUGCCGGAGUUUGGAGGAAAAAAAAAAUCUGCGGCUGCUCCCCUCGGGACAAACACCAACACAUCUCCACAAUUCCAGCACCUAACUCCGGAGGACGCUCUGAGAGCCGGAGCCGCACGGAGCACAACGUCAUAAUUUAAUUUUUCUUAUUUAUUUAUUUUGCUUUCACAUUUAGCAGCUCUUCUCACACAACUAGGGGGGACAAAAAAAGGACGUGAAAAUGCCCAAAGCGCUCAAUGUACGCGUCACCACCGUGGACGCUGAGCUGGAGUUCGCCAUCCAGCCCAACACCACGGGCAAACAGCUCUUUGACCAGGUGGUAAAAACCAUUGGCGUUCGUGAGAUCUGGUACUUCGGACUGCAAUAUGUGGACAACAAAGGUUUCUCCAACUGGCUAAGACUGGAAAAAAAGGUGUCCUCUCAAGAUGUAAAGAAGGACAACCCGCUGCAGUUCAGGUUUCGGGCCAAGUUCUUCCCGGAGGACGUCUCAGAGGAGCUCAUUCAGGAAAUCACGCAGAAGCUCUUCUUCAUGCAGGUGAAGGAGGGCAUCCUCGGCGACGAGAUCUACUGUCCUCCGGAGACGGCAGUGCUGCUGGCCUCCUAUGCAGUCCAGGCCAAGUUUGGCGACUACGACAAAGAAAUCCACCAGCCUGGAUAUCUGGUCAAUGAACGCAUGCUUCCCCAGAGAGUCAUGGAGCAGCACAAGUUGUCCAAAGAACAGUGGGAGGAACGGAUUCAGGUGUGGCACGAGGAGCACUCUGGCAUGUUGAGGGAGGAAGGCAUGAUGGAGUACCUAAAGAUUUCUCAGGAUCUGGAAAUGUAUGGAGUCAACUACUUUGACAUUAAGAAUAAGAAGGGAACAGAGCUGAGGCUGGGAGUGGACGCACUGGGUCUAAACAUUUAUGAGAAGGACGACAGAUUGACGCCAAAGAUUGGCUUCCCCUGGAGUGAGAUUAGAAACAUUUCCUUCAACGACAAGAAGUUCAUGAUUAAGCCCAUUGACAAAAAAUCUCCAGACUUUGUGUUUUAUGCUCCGAGACUGAGGAUCAAUAAAAGCAUCCUGCAGCUGUGCAUGGGCAACCACGACCUCUACAUGCGCCGUCGCAAGCCCGACACAAUCGAGGUGCAGCAGAUGAAGGCUCAGGCCAAGGAGGAGAAGCAACAGAAACAGAUGGAGAGGGCACAUUUGGAGAACGAGAAGAAGAAAAGGGAAGCCAUCGAGAAGGAGAAGGAUCAGAUGGAGCGGGAGAAGCAGGAUCUCAUGAUGAGGCUCUACCAGUUCGAGGAGAAGACUAAGAAGGCGGAGAAAGAGUUGCAGGACCAGCUUCAGAGAGCCAUGAUGCUGGAGCAGGAGCGGAGGAGGGCGGAGGAGGAGGCUGCUCGUCUGGAGGCCGAGCGUCAGGCCGCCCUGCUGGCUAAAGAGGAGCUGGCCCGCCAGGCUGAGAGUCAACUGAAGACCCAGGAGCAGCUGGCUGCUGAGCUGGCGGAGCACUCCGCCAAGAUUGCGCUGCUCGAGGAAGCCAGGAAACGCAAGGAGGAGGAGGCGAGCCAGUGGCAGAACAGGGCCCUAGAGGUUCAAGACGAUCUGAAAAGGACCCAGGAGGAGCUGCAUAGUGUCCUGACAGUGCCCCCGCCUCCCCCACCUCCUCCCGUGUACAACCACAUGGAUGACAACAGCGACAGCGAGGACAACAACAGCAUGAGCAGUAGAGAUCUGAUGAUGGACGACUUCCACGACCACCGCAUGGAGGAGGAUCGCCUGACUGAGGUCGAGAAGAACGAGCGCGUCCAGAAACAGCUCAAGGCCCUGACCUCCGAGCUGGCUCACGCCCGUGACGAUUCCAAGAACACCCAGAACGAUCUGCUUCACAGCGAGAACGUGCGGGCCGGCCGGGACAAGUACAAGACCCUGCGACAGAUCCGGCAGGGCAACACCAAGCAGAGGAUCGACGAGUUCGAGGCCUUAUAAGACCGCCGUGGCCGCUCGAGCUCACGCACUUUCUGAACGGCCUCUAUCUCGAUCUGCUGUUGAGACACCACACAGAACGACCCCCCUCCCUCCCCCACCCUCACCUUUUCAAACUCACCCAAAGACACAUUUAACACGCGCUGGUAGCAGACUAAACUAAAGCAGUAGAAGCGCCGCAAAAGACUAGCGGGACGCAGCGCUCUUCAAAACCUUAGUGCCAAAUCCUUCUGUCCCUUCCUUUGAUAUUGUGUUUUCAAUCUUGUAAUUGCUUUGAUGGAAUCAGACCGAAAUCUUGUUUUUCCCCUGGAGGUUUGAUGAAUCGGUGGAAAAAUUCUUCUAAUGCACCUAGUAAUCACAAUGUCGCAAUGAAAGAAAAGGGCUUAUUGUUCAUAGCGACCACUCAGAAAGGGGGGGAGACAGUAUACGCAGGAAAAUGGAUUUUUUUUUAUUUUCCAUUAUAUUUGAACACUUUCAGUUAAGCUUAUUUUUGCUCUAAAAUAAGACAAAAUCAUGCAUAGUUUAAUAUUUAUACUGUAUAUGGGACAUUAAGGGUAUUUCGUCUUGGUUUGUAUAUUUUUGCUAUCUACUACUAAUAAAAGCUUUUAACGUUUCAGAGGUUUUAUAUAUUGACCCAAAUAAUAGUAGAUUUAUGUUCCAUAUAUUUUCCUUUAGAUCACCUAACUAAAGAGAUUUAUUGUAAAUUAUUAAUUUUAUUUUAAGAAAUGUCCAGUUGCAUACGAAUAAAAGUUUAAAUGAACUCUCCACUUUCUUUUCAGUGGCUGUGCAGCUCAUUCAGAGCACCCUGUUGAAUGGUACACAAAGUUUUGUUUGUAUUUCUAUCAGUUUAUUCAGUGUAACAUUGUUACAGUAUAAGAAAGAAGCAAAUAUGGAGAGUUUUUACCCUCUAAGGCGGCCUUCCUGUCUUGUCACGGACCGUUCUAAUGAAACGUGGAGGGUUUUAUAGUUGCAUUUCUCACCAAACUCUCCCUUUUUUUUCGCCUUGGACCAAAGCAGCAUUUACUGAAACGGUCAUGCAGCAACACUCAGCUAUGCUGGAAUUUGUAUAUAACCAGGAUUUUAUAAUGAGGUGUUCAACAUAUUGCCAAUAAAGUUACCUGAUUUGUCA